GUAAAAUUUAAAAAAGAUUGAAUAAAUAAAUAUUGAAUAUUCACAAUUUCACAUUUCACAAUCACGAUAUUCAAUUGCUAGUAAUUUAACAUGUAAUUUGUAAAAUAUUUUAUUGAUCUAAUAUUUAUAUUAAUAAAAUCUUUAACAGAAUACGAUUUCGUCAGGGUAUUUUCUGUACAUCGAUGUAGCAACAGAAAGUACUGUAAUCCAACCUGUAAUUUUAGCACAAACUAGUAUCUUGUUAAAUAUUAUAUCAAAAUGUUAAGAGCAAUAUCUUUAAUUUGUGUUGAGGGUAAAAUGCUGCGCCGUAAUGAUUUUUUAAAACUAUUUCCAGGUUCACAACACUCAGUUCACUCAAGUUUAAAGCCUGACCCGACAGUAGUCAGCGACGUGAGUGUAAAGAAUGUGAGACCAGGGACAGAAGACGUUUCACACUCCCCACCGCCUUCGACGCCGCCGCCCCUUCCUCCCUCGCGCUCCCGCCGCGCCCUCACCUUCAUCACGGCCGUAACUUUCACGGCCUCUCUCGCCGGAAUUUAUCUGUAUCGGAAGAGAACACACGACAAAGAAGAUGUGCUGUUCAAGAGCGCAGAAAGCGGCGAGUCGGUAGCGCGGACUUCGUGUUCGCCGGAGCGCGGAGAUCAACUGCCGGCGCACGCGCAGUUCCUGCUCGUGGGCGGCGGCACGGCCGCCUUCGCCGCCAUGCGCGCCGUUCGCAGCGCUCGUCCCGACGCGCAGGUGCUGCUCGUGUCGCCUGAGCGGGCGCCGCCGUACAUGCGUCCGCCCCUCACCAAGGAGAUAUGGCGCGAACCCGACCUCGCCGAGCGCGCGCUGUCUCCCGAACGUCUCACCUUCCGCCAGUGGAACGGCAGACGGCGAUCCCUCCUCUACGAGCCGCUCGCCUUUUACACGGCGCCGGAGCGCCUUCGCGACGCGGCGCCCGGCGCCGGCCUGGCUCUGGGCUGGCGGGUCGUCGCCCUCGACCCCGCCGAGCGGUGCGCCGUGCUGGAGAGCGCCGCCGGAGAGCGGGCCGAGCUCACCUACGACGAGUGCCUGGUGGCGAGCGGCGGCAGGCCUAGACGGAUCGCCGCGCUGCGAGACGUCGCCGCCGCCGGACUCUCCGUCGCCCUCGGCUCCGUCGACGACGUCGCGGCCCUCGCGCGCGUACUCGACGGCGGCCGGCGCACGGUGGCGGUGAUCGGCGGCGGGCCGCCGGGCGCCGAGUUGGCGGCGGCGCUGGCCGACCGCGCCCGAGUCGUGCACGUGUACCGCGAGAGCGCGCCGCUGGAGACGUCGCUGCCGCCGAAUCUCGCGGCGGAGGCGGCGCGCGCGCUGGCGGCGCUCGGCGUGGAGGCCGCGCCAGGCCUGGAGAUCGUCGGCGGGACGGCGUCGGGCGACCGAGUGCUCCUCGCGACGGCGGACGGCGGCACCCUCGAGGUGGACGCGGUGGUCGAGUGCGCGGGCACCGAGCCCGACGUGGAGCGCCUGGCAGGCGCCUCCCGACUCGAGACGCAUCCGACACUCGGCGGCCUCGUGGUGAACGCGGAGCUGGCGGCGCGAUCGGGCCUGUGGGCGGCUGGCGACUCGGCCUGCUUUUACGACGUGUCUCUGGGCCGUCGCCGCCUCGACCUCCACGAUCACGCGGUGGCCUCAGGCCGCCUCGCCGGCGAGAACAUGGCAGGCGGGCGCCGGCCGCGCGCCUACGAGCACCGGAGCAUGUUCUGGAGCGACCUCGGCCCCGAGCUCGGAUACGAGGCAAUAGGUGAAAUAGAUUCGAAGCUGCCGACCGUCGCGGUGUUCUGCGAGGACGCCGUGCGCGAAGCCAAGGAGACGGCGACGACGGCGGACGGCGCGGCGAAGCGAGCGGACGGCGGCGUGCGGUACGAGCGCGGCGUGGUGUUCUACCUCCGCGAGAGCCGCGUCGUGGGCGUCCUUCUGUGGAACCUCUUCAACAGAAUGCACCUCGCGCGUCAGGUUCUGGCGCGGGGCGAGUUCGAAGACUUGUUCGAGGUGGCGAAAUUGUUCGCGUUGCACGAGGAAGACUAGAGAUAAUAGUUUUGAUCUGUAUAUAAUUGCGUUGCUCCCUAUUAAAGCUUCCUUCGACCUAAA